AUGUCCGCGGUGCCAUUCCAACUUCCUUCUCCUCCUGCUGCCGAUGGUCACAACAGCUUCGGCUUCAAGAAUGAGCAAACGGCCACCUUUUCCGUCAAUGGCCCGAUUGCCACGCUUUCGCCAAAUGUGCACUGGGACUUUGACACUAAGCCGGCGGCCAACGUGAAACCGGUUAUGCCCGGCACAGGCUCGCAGCUUUAUUACGGCAACGGUGAUCCCAAGAAGUCUGGGCGAUUCGCCUUCCUCACGUUCUACUUUGACAGUCCCUCAGUCAACCUUGACCACUCCGAUCACGUCACAGUCGUGAGCUAUGAUGCUCAUAUAUCAGAGCUCGCCACAAUGACCAUCCGGUUCGCCAGCCAGCAGGCUUUUGACUACGCCGCCAGCACCUGGUCAGCCAAGGAUGGCUUGAUCCUUGUCGGUUACGUCCGGGGCUGUGGCGACUACGAUAAAGGAGAUCGUUGCUAUUUCGUCGUCGCGGAACUGGAGAAGAGCAACAGCUUAGAGUUCAUUGUCAAGGGCGAGGCAAAGCGACCGGAUACCAUUUCCACCGGCGGCGAGACGGAGUGGGGCCACUGGGUCCCCCGUGAAGGCGGCCAGGACCAAGACAAGCAGAAGAAACCGACAUCGUCGAGAAAGGAUGAAGAUCGCUUUUCCUGGAGUCCGAGUUCCAGUUCGACGGCCAGUCCCAAGUCCAGCCACGUUCCUGCAUCUAAUGCCUCGGCCACAAGCAUAUCUCCUUCACCAACUGCACCCUCGAACAACAGCAGAGACUCUAUGCUUGGCAGAGACAGGAAUGCCUGCAAGCCGCCGGUCGACACCAAGUAUGGCCUUCCUACUGCUUGCUUGGGUCCCUUUUUUGACGAAGACCUCGACGACAUUAUGGGCUACGAGGAAAUGCAGCCCGCAGACCAGGCCUACCUGAAGCAGCUUUACCCAAAAUAUGACGAGGAGGCCGAACCAUCGGAUCAAGACUUUGAUUUUGACGCGGAAGACCCCUUAUGGAGGCGGCACCGUCGAUCCGUUGUCUUAGAGAAGAGAGUUUGGCCGUUUAAGCAAAUCUGGACCGCUGUUAAGAAGCUGAUUGAAAUCUCUGCCAGCAUCAACAAGGAGAUUUCAUGGAAGGUCCCCAGCGCAGCCCAGAUUGACAAGAUUCAGGACAAGCACGCAAAGCAGGUCACUUCACCUUGGGGCGACGGCAUCCUGCUUAAGUCUUUUGGGUUGGAAGAAUCCGAUAAUAAGCACCUCGAAAAGUAUCUUAAUAUCUAUUGCGUUGGUUGCAGCGUCAAGGGCCAGGCUCGGGUUAACGGCCGGGCUACCUGGAACGCUAACGACGGCUUGACUGCAGCCAAAGUUGAGUUCCAUACGGACUUGGAGUUCGUCCUUAAGAUCGGUAUUGACGCAAAGAUUUCCUACUCAAGGAAGUUCGAGACAGACCUGCUCGACGUCGGGUUGCCCGGCUUAUCUUACGGCCCUGUCGAGGUCGGCCCCUGGAUAUCUCUUGGCGCCAGCGUGAACCUAGAAGCGGCUGCGAAUGGUAAGAUGCUGGCGGGUGCCGAGAUGGGGUUGCACGAUGCACACAUUGUCAUCGACUUCAAGGCCUCGACGCCCGUCCAGAGCGGUUGGGAGCCCUACUUCAAGCCUGUCUUCGAGGCCAACGGCGAGAUCAUGAUUUCGGCCGAGCUUGGCCUACCCAUGGCCCUGAAAGUCGGCCUUAAAGUCUUUUCGUUUGAGAAGUCGGCUAAAUUGGUCAACGAGCCGUCGGUCAAGGGAGUCGCCCAAGUUGCUGCGUCUGUAGGCUUGGACAAGGCGGGAAAGUUUUCGGCCGGCUUCGAGGAAACGGAUGGCUGUGCAGGUAUCCUCUCGCAGUUGACAUGGCGAAACAAGCUCUGGGCCGACGCUUUCGGCUUCAAGACGUUCAACCUCUACGACACCGAUGACAGAAAGAUAGCCCGCAACUGCAUCCCGCUGCCCAAGCACCUUGCGCAGAGCAACAGAAAAAGUAAUUCGACCAAGGCCACGCGGCUGCGCCGUAGACAGCUGGAGGGUCGGGCCCCCCAGCAGGCGCCCGGGCCGGCCCCCAUGGUCAGCGAGUUGACGCCUGAGAUGUUAGCUACUUUCCAGGGAGGCUCCUCCGACGAGCUUUCAUACGAAGCAGAAAUCAUACAAGACUUGUCCUACAACGACACAAACGGGAUCGAGUUUGGCCGCUUGGUGGACAGGGACGAGAAGACAAUGGUUGCUACCUGUAGCAACGGCAACAUGUACGCCGUCGUUGCGGAGCGCCUUGAAACCAGCGUCGAUUGUUCAGUCCUUUGGGCAGCGACCAUGGACAACACACUGGUCCUCGACGGCGCCUCUAGGGCCAUGCAUUACGCCACGGCUGCCAUGGAUAGAGCCGGUGUUUCGCGCCUUCGCCUUGGCCCGGUUGAGGAGCUGCCCAAGUCAAGCCGUUUAGUCGUCUGGACGGUCGAGUAUAACCCCGAGGCUGAUGAGGGUAGCAGAAGCUACUAUCUGGUCAGAAACGCCGACGGCGAGGUAUUUUACCCUCUCGUAUGCGAGUACAAGAACGACGGCGGGGCCAAGGUGUUCCUGGCCAAAAGCCCCGAGGAGGGGAUCAGGACUCUCGAGGGCGACGACGUCGCCUUCUCCAUCACAGGUGGCUAUGUCAAAGAAUGCCAUGGACUCCUCCUGUUGCAGGAAGAAUUCGAUCCUGCGGAAGAUCCCGUAUUCUUCUCGUUGAGCGGGGAGGCGGAGGAUUACUUCGAGUACGACGAUGAGGAGAUAGACUCUUUCCCACCCGAAACCUAG